UUGUUUAUCACUCUGAAACACCUGAAUGACUGACCUUUUCUCUUCUGUGCCCCUUUUGCCAUCCCUACUCAGGUAUGACUUCAUCGAGAUCAGGGAUGGGGACAGCGAGUCUGCAGACCUCCUAGGCAAGCACUGUGGCAACAUCGCCCCACCCACCAUCAUCUCCUCAGGCUCCAUGCUCUACAUCAAGUUCACCUCCGACUAUGCCCGGCAAGGGGCAGGCUUCUCUCUGCGCUAUGAGAUCUUCAAGACAGGCUCUGAAGAUUGCUCAAAAAAUUUUACCAGCCCCAAUGGGACCAUUGAAUCCCCUGGGUUUCCCGAGAAGUACCCACACAACUUGGACUGCACCUUUACCAUCCUGGCCAAACCCAAGACGGAGAUCAUCUUGCAGUUCCUGACCUUUGACCUGGAACAUGACCCUUUGCAGGUGGGAGAGGGAGACUGCAAAUAUGAUUGGCUGGACAUCUGGGAUGGCAUUCCACAUGUUGGGCCCCUGAUUGGCAAAUACUGUGGGACCAAAACACCCUCUGAACUCCGCUCGUCAACAGGGAUCCUCUCCCUGACCUUUCACACGGACAUGGCAGUGGCCAAGGAUGGCUUCUCUGCACGUUACUACCUGGUCCAUCAAGAGCCACUGGAGAACUUUCAGUGCAAUGUCCCUCUGGGAAUGGAGUCUGGCCGGAUUGCUAAUGAACAGAUCAGUGCCUCAUCUACCUACUCGGAUGGAAGGUGGACCCCUCAACAAAGCCGGCUCCAUGGUGAUGACAAUGGCUGGACCCCAAACUUGGACUCCAACAAGGAGUAUCUCCAGGUGGACCUUCGCUUCCUAACCAUGCUCACAGCCAUUGCAACCCAGGGAGCAAUUUCCAGGGAAACCCAGAAUGGUUACUAUGUCAAAUCCUACAAGCUGGAGGUCAGCACUAAUGGUGAAGACUGGAUGGUGUACCGACAUGGCAAGAACCACAAGGUGUUUCAAGCCAACAAUGAUGCAACUGAAGUGGUUCUGAACAAACUCCACACACCACUACUGACAAGGUUCAUCAGGAUCCGCCCUCAGACCUGGCACUCGGGCAUCGCCCUCCGGCUGGAGCUCUUUGGCUGCCGGGUCACAGAUGCCCCCUGUUCCAAUAUGCUGGGAAUGCUCUCUGGCCUCAUCACUGACUCCCAGAUCUCUGCCUCCUCCACCCGUGAAUACCUCUGGAGCCCCAGUGCUGCCCGCCUGGUCAGCAGCCGCUCGGGCUGGUUCCCUCGGAUUCCUCAGGCCCAGCCAGGAGAGGAGUGGCUUCAGGUAGACCUGGGAACACCCAAGACAGUGAAAGGCGUCAUCAUCCAGGGAGCCCGUGGUGGAGACAGCAUCACUGCAGUGGAGGCCAGGGCAUUUGUACGCAAAUUCAAAGUCUCCUACAGCCUAAAUGGCAAGGACUGGGAAUACAUCCAGGACCCCAGGACACAGCAGCCAAAGUUGUUUGAAGGAAACAUGCACUAUGACACCCCUGACAUCCGAAGAUUCGACCCAGUUCCAGCACAGUACGUGCGGGUGUACCCAGAGAGGUGGUCACCAGCGGGCAUUGGGAUGCGGCUGGAGGUGCUGGGCUGUGAUUGGACAGACUCAAAGCCCACAGUAGAGACUCUGGGACCCACAAUAAAGAGUGAAGAGACCACCACCCCAUAUCCCAUCGAUGAGGAGGCCACUGAAUGUGGAGAGAACUGCAGCUUUGAGGAUGACAAAGAUUUGCAGCUCCCUUCGGGAUUCAACUGCAACUUUGAUUUUCCUGAGGAGUCCUGUGGUUGGAUAUAUGACCAUGCCAAGUGGCUCAGGAGUGCCUGGACCAGCAGCACCAGCCCCAACGACCGGACCUUUCCAGAUGAUAAGAACUUCUUGCGGCUGCAGAGUGAUGGCCGGCGAGAGGGCCAGUAUGGGCGGCUCAUCAGCCCACCCGUGCACCUGCCCCGGAGCCCAGUGUGCAUGGAGUUCCAGUACCAAGCCACGGGCGGCCGCGGGGUUGCACUGCAGGUGGUGCGAGAAGCCAGCCAGGAGAGCAAGCUCCUGUGGGUCAUCCGAGAGGACCAGGGCGGAGAGUGGAAGCAUGGGCGUAUCGUCCUGCCCAGCUACGACAUGGAGUAUCAGAUUGUGUUUGAAGGAGUGAUAGGGAAAGGACAUUCUGGAGAGAUCGCCAUCGAUGACAUUCGGAUAAGCACUGAUGUCCCACUGGAGAACUGCAUGGAACCCAUUUCAGCUUUUGCAGGUGAGAAUUUUAAAGGGGGCACCCUCCCGCCAGGGACCGAGCCCACAGUGGACACGGUGCCCGUGCAGCCCAUCCCAGCCUACUGGUAUUACGUUAUGGCCGCCGGGGGCGCCGUGCUGGUGCUGGUCUCCGUCGCGCUGGCCCUGGUGCUCCACUACCACCGGUUCCGCUAUGCGGCCAAGAAGACCGAUCACUCCAUCACCUACAAAACCUCCCACUACACCAACGGGGCCCCUCUGGCGGUGGAGCCCACCCUAACCAUUAAGCUAGAGCAAGACCGCGGCUCGCACUGCUGAGGGCCGAAGCAAGAACAGCACCCAAACAAACAAGAAAGACUGCAAACACGUUGCCUCGAUUUUGCACUUUUUUCUCCUCGCCUAGUCUCUGUGUGAAUUCUCAGACAUCUCUCUCCAGGGUCCCAACCCGGAGCGCUCUUACCCGCUCCAGCCAUCCUCCUUAUUCCUUGGGAUCUUUGGCUCUUUCUUUCUUUCUCUCUUUCCUUUCUUCUUUUUCUUUUCUUUCUUUUUGCUUUUCAUUUCUUUCUCUUUCUCUCUCUCCUUUUUUGUGAUUCCAAACCAACAAAACCCAACUGUAAUGCUGCAUCUUGGAAUAGAAGACAUCUACCCCUAAAGCACUUCACAGCUCAAGGCUCUGCUGGUUUUCUUCCAGAGACUGGUUCUCUUGUUUUGUCGCCUUGCCUUAUCCCAUCCCUCCUUGGUGGGCAGGCUGCCAGGAGUCUUGAGGGGAACCUGGCUCUAUGUGUAUGUACAUAGUCUACAAUCACAGGUGUGAAUAGCUCUGUGUGGGUGUGUGGGUGUGUGAGAGAGAGACUGGUUCACAGUGGGGGGGAGUGUGUGGGUGUGUGCAGAGAGGGGCCCCUUUCACUCUUGUGUUACUUCUCCUGGGGUACAUUUUAUAAGAAAAUAAUAUACUGUACAAGUUUUGUUUACUUGGAGAAGAGAUUGAAGCUUUUUGUUGCCUUAUCUAGCUCUGGCUGGGUUUCUGUUGGCUGUCAUUGUCAUCUCCAGGUACCUAGAAAAAUAGAGGCCACAUGGAAUGCAAUGUGGCUCCUCCCGUCCCUAGCCCCAUUCCCAACCCACCUGGCCCAAGAGGAAGGUUCCCCAGUGCACUCAGACGUGACCCUUGUCAUUUCUCCUGGUGUCUUUGAAGUCACAAGACAACAGCCAUUGGGAUAUGGAACAUCUCUACUUCCAGCCCUGAAGCAAAUGUCUCGUGUUGCCUUAUGAGAAAGACGCUCAUAAUGAAUGUUUAGCUUUGAUUGGUUAAAUCCAAUCAUGGAACAAGUCAUAACGAAUAACCAAUCUGGGACUGAUGUAGGAAAAGCAGUAGUAGUCUGUUUAAAUUCAGAGCAGGAGGGAUAAGAGAGAAGGAAGGAUUCAGAUGUUGUCUUUUUAAAGUCUCCUCGUCCUGGGGGUCAUUGGGCCCAUUGUGGGAUGAGGUUGA